GGCGUAUGAGUACUGGCUGAAUGACUUGUACCUAAAUUACCGAGAACCGAUACCUAUCAACUCUAAUCCAGGAAUGGUGUUUCCACCCAGAAAAUUCACUACCAUUUUGGAUGUGGCCAGAUUCACUUCAAGAUUGAUCGACGCAGCAAUGGAUCAUAAAGAAAUACUGGACAAGAGGGCGCUACCUAUCGAAAGAGCAACAUCAAGGGAACCAGGUCAACCACUUUGCAUGGCUCAAUACUACAGGAUACUAGGAGCAUCAAGGCUUCCUGGCAGAAAGAGAGACUCUCAAUAUGUUACUCCUACACCGCAGAAAGGUGACAAACCACCAGACUCAGAACAUAUCAUAGUCAUUUGUAGAAGCCAGUUGUAUUGUGUUCCUGUUAGAGCAGCCGAUAGAGGACGACUGACGGAAGACGAAAUCUGUUCUCAAAUUCUCUAUAUCCUAGACGAUGCUCCGUGUCUAUCCAACAUUCCGCCAGUUGGACUUCUCACAGGCUGGAAAAGAUCUCUAUGGGCUGAGGCAAGAGAAGACUUGAUGAAAGAUGAUAAGAAUAAGAGGACCUUAGAGCUGAUCACAAAGUCACUGUUGGUGGUGUGUUUGGACGAAGCUUUGCCUAGCACGUUUAAUUGCAGGUUACAAAGAGGUGUGUGUGGCAAAGGGCAUACAGCAGGCAUCCGAGACGAGACCAACCUCUUCCACCAAAUGCUCCAUGGAGGAGGAAUAGGACUCAACUCUGCCAACCGCUGGUUCGACAAGACCAUCCAACUCAUAAUCUCAGGCGACGGAGCUUGCGGCCUGUGCUACGAACAUUCCAACGCAGAAGGAGUCGCAGUGAUCCAAUUGGUGGAGAAGCUGUGGAACCAUGCCGAUUCACUAGAUCAGAACAGCGAGGUGCCGGCCAGUUCACAUCUGCCUCCACCAGAAAAGUUGGAGUGGGUCUUGGAACCUAGUGAUCGGCAGAGGAUUGAGGAUGCGGGGCAGGUCUUGGAGAAUCUUAUCAAGGAUCUAGAUUUUCAGGUGUUCAGGUUCACAGGGUACGGCAAAGAAUUUAUCAAAUCAUGUAAGGUCAGCCCAGAUGUUUACAUUCAACUGGCCCUGCAGCUGGCUUACUACAGAUUGUACGGAAAGCUUACGGCGACCUACGAAAGCGCUUCUACCAGAAGAUUCAGACUAGGAAGGGUAGACUGCAUCCGGUCAGCGACACCUGAAGCAUUAGCAUGGGUGCAAGCUAUGUCACAACCCAAAGAGGACGACGAAAUGGGCAAUAAGAAGGUGACUUUUCACCUUGUAAGCGACGAGAAGAAGCACCUACUAUGGAACGAAGCUGUGAUCGCCCAAACACAAGAAAUGGUAGACAACAUCUUAGGGCUGGGUAUUGACAUCCACCUUCUAGGGCUGAGAGAAGCAGCAAGGGAAACUUCCCCAACAGCUGCUUCGCCAUUGCCAGAGAUCUUUUUGGAUCCUUCCUAUCGCUUAGCCAACAAGUUCCUACUCAGCACUAGUCAGGUUGCUACAACUACAGAUAGUUUCAUGGGAUAUGGUCCCGUAGAACCAGAUGGUUACGGCGCAUCGUACAAUCCGAAGAAAGAAAGUAUCAUAUUCUGUCUUUCAGCAUUUUGGUCCUCAGAAGUCACCAGCACAUCAAGAUUUGCACAAAGCUUAGAAGAAAGCUUGAACAUUAUGCAAAGCUUGUUAACUAGACCGCCCACAUAGUAAUUUGACGGCAGUUCAGGUAUUAACUACAGAUAGCAUUUAACAAUUGUUUAGAGAAGUGAUCUGUUGAUCGGUCAAAGUAAAAGAAGGUAGACUAGAUUCAAUUAAGGAGAUGAAGUGCUUGAAAAUAUCUUAGUACUCCUUCAGAAAACAUCAAGAAUUUGGGAGACUUCUUUCUGAAAUUGAAACAAGAUACUCCUUUUACUUUUGUUGAAAGUAAAAGUACAAUACGUCCUAUGUCCAACUUGGCAAAAUCUAUCAAACAGUAAUUGAGCACAAUUGACCACAUAGCUAACACAUCUUUUAACAAUUCUGUUGGUUUUACCGAGACAUGAAUGUGUAGUAAAAAGGUUAGUUCAUUUGGCUACAUAAACAGAAUAAUUAUAAAGAACUUAGAGUAAGUAAAUUCAAGUCAUAUGAACCUAAAGUGGCAUGUUUUACUGUUGAAGAAUCAGACCUAAGAAUCUAGUAGGAGUGUUUGAUCGAAAAUUAUGACUCAAGUAUUCCUUCACCUUUGACCUUUCCUUGUAUUGCCUCAAUUAUAUGCUAUGAGUCGUAAACGACGACUUUAUAGAUUAAGAUAUUUUCAAGCCUUCAUUUUAGUUUAACAUAUGAAUUAGUAUAAACGUAAUAGUGAAAUUGGCUGUAGACAUCAAUGUGUUAUUGUUGCACGAAAGAAAUAUAAAAUGUUUUGUAUGUAUACUCACAAAGAGAUUAUAGUUACUCGUUGUUCAUUAUUGAGAGAUUAUCUGUUCUUAUUGGAUUUCCGUUUGUUUGAGCAGCUUAUCAUCUCAUGUGUCAUAUAUGGUAACAAAGGUUUAAUCCAUAUAAUUAUACAUAUACUUUGGAGAGGAUGCAAUUACAAGGGAUAUGUUUGUCACCACAAA